AUGGGCUUUCAUUCGACGGAGAGGCUACAGUACCCGUCAGGUCUGCAUAGCCGUCUCGGGCUCCGCCGCCCGUCCUCAGAAGAGAAGAGAAAGACCACGCCGAUUGUGGACGGGGUCGCCGUCAAGGGAAGCGAAAGCGAGAGCCAGAAGUUGCUGUCGGGUGCCGCUGUCGUAGGGCAAGACAACGCCGCGGACCCACCACUGGCCUCGAGUGGACAACAAUGCGAAACGGACCAUCUUGGAGCUAAACCCGCCACCGCAGGCACCGCAGGCAUGCAGGGAGGCUUGGAAGAUACUUUCUUCGACCGAGUCGACAGCGCCGACACCAUCGACAACCAAGAUGCCGAUUCCGACAUCGACGGUAUACAAGUGGCCAUGAGACGGACAGGUUUGAUUCGAUCAGGAAUCAACUUCCGGCGGAAGGGUUGCGCAUUGUGGGUGACGAAGCCGAUUAAGGCUGGCUCAAGCUCCUGCCCGAAGUGGUGA